GGAAGGGGUGUAUAGAUUAGGCAAUAGGUUCAGGAUCCAUAGCUACUUCCUAUUUUAUCUCGCCCGGAAAGAUUUACAAAUCGUCAGCCCCACCAAUAAUACGAAUUGAGAUAUCAGUCAAUGGCACCUCCUGUGAUGUUGCGGCUUCUUUCCAAACAACAUGCCGGUUUUCAUGAUUGACGGGAAAAGCUAUCGAGUUCCAUUACUGUCAUCCUGGAGGAAGCCCAGGAUUAUUUUCGGAGAACCACCAACGGCGGUCGAAACUAAACCUUCCCGAUGGACUCCAGCAGAAGAGGCACUUUUGAAGGAACUCAAGGCGUGUCAUACACCAUGGCAAUCUAUAUCCAUCGCCAUGGGACACAAACCAGUCGCCGAACUCAAAAGACGCUGGGACGAUCUGGGCCGCUACGAGAACAACCAAAACCGAUCUCUGAACGGGAGAUCCCACAGAAGGAAAUUCUACGAGAAUCCUCCGAGCACGGGAAUGUCGGGAGAUGAGGAGGCUCCGCGUAAUGUGUCCUUCUCGGAUCCGUUGAUCACCGGGGGCGAUGUGGGUACAACCGUCGAAAGGCCUUGGGUUCUUGUUCCAUUUUGUGAGAAGUCAAAUGAUUGACGGCUUGUUGCAGAUGGAUUAUGUCGGUAGCCGCUCGUUUUUAGAGACUAAAAGAGCCCUCUAUAUCGAUCGCGAGAUCUCGUGGCAAGAGGCGGUUCUGCUGCAUCAGAUCGCGGCCGGAUGGGAGAGAGAACGGUGGGUGGCAAUCAGUA